AAAAUGGAAGACCGCGUGGGCCGGGAUGGAGAGGCGCUGGCCUGGGGUGCGGACGAGGUCCCAGCGAGCGCGAAGUCCUACUAUCUCAGGGUCCUGAAACAAGGGCUCGAGAAGGAUACCAGCCUGCGCAACCUCAGGGAGAUGCACACGGUGUGCGUGGCCCUCGACCACCUGGCACUGGGCCGCACACGCACAGCGGCAGAUGUGUUAGCGCAGCGGUUGAAGGCCCUCGGACUGGCGUCCACCCACGGGACUUGGGAAAAGGCCCAGCCGCUGGAGCUGGUGGAUCCCGAGGGGGCGACGCUGGUGGACAAGGAGGAGGAGCUGGAGGCGGUCCGCGAGGUUGCCCUGGAGAGACGGCUGGGUGGCAAGGGCGCUUGGCCGACCUACGGGAGCGACUCCUGGAAGUCCGGGGCACACAGCACGAAAGGCAAGGGAAAGCAGGACCCGUGGGCUGCCAGCAAAUCGAAGGGGAAGGGCCACAACAGCAAGGGGAAGUCCAGCGACUGGUCAGGGAGGCGGGAACUUUUACCGAUCAAUCCUGAGUUGGGGGAGCCGUACUUGGACGAGCGGGUGCGUGCCUCCCGUGGAUUCGGAGGUCGUUCCGAGACGUUCGGUGCGAUCAGCGACGCUGCGAACAUGUGUCUCGCUGCCUUGAACUUCCUCGCGUGCGCAGGGUGGACGUCCACCCCAAUUUGCUGUUAUAGCCAACCGAUUCUGAGCAAGGCACAAGAGCGGACAUUGGAUCAUAUUUGGACUGCUUCCGCGGACCUCUUCAGUGCCGCCGAUGAGAAGUUCGACUCCGAUGCCGUAUCCAGGGACCUUGGUAACAAACGCGUCAACUACCAGGGCGAAUCCGUAUCGCGGAGGCGCGAGCUGAUUGCAGAUCGGGUCUUGCCGACAUGGCCUUCGGACGGGGAGGCGCGUCUCUUCCCGGUAGAGGAAUUCGUCGUCGGGGAGCUUCGCGAGGACAUCCUGGAUCCUGCCAGGUGCCUCUUGCCGGAGGUGGACUGGCCCCGGGCUGCGCCGAGGCUGAGAAACCACGCCAGCGAUGACGAAUGGUACCAACGUGUUGCGGCCGGGGCCAAGUUGGGCAUUUUCGGGCAGGUCGCCGCGGAGGACAUGUUCAGGGGCGUCAACGGCGAGAUGGUCCUGAACGGCGCUAUGGGCGUGGACGACAUCCUCGUCACGGAUUCGGAAGACAUGAAAUCCUGCUUCAAUUUGUUCCGAAUGCCGGACGCCUGGGCAUGUUAUUUCGCUUAUGAGAAGCAGGUCGCCGAGUCGGCUUUCGGAGGGGAUCCUCACAAACUGGCGUUUGUCUACAUUCGCUCGGCCCCUAUGGGUUGGCUCGGCGCCGUGGACGUCAUGCAGGCCAUGGCCAGGCGGUAUGUUUUCCAAUUCGGCGGCGUGCAUCGGAAUACGGAGCUCCGGAAGGACCAGCCCAUCCCGGAGGUAGACAUUUCCUUGGUAUGCUUGGACGGCUUUGAUUUUAUUCGCCACGCCCAGGUGAUCGGCGGCAGGCACGGCGCAGGCAUCCCGGAACGCUCGGCGGAACGUCAGCGGUUUGCGCAGGCGUGCAAGGAGCUCGGCCUACCGCUGAACGUCAGGAAGAGCCUUGUCUGCGGCGUCCGCGCGGCGAUCCUCGGCGGGGAACUGGACGGCAGUCGCGGCGUAUUCCGCCAUACCGGGGACAAAUCCGCGCGCCUCAUUCUGAAGACCGCCGUUCUUCUGUCCCAAGAGAAGUGGGCGCAGGCUGCCUUACAGCACUGGGCAGGUACAUUUUGUUUCGGUGCUAAGUUUAGACGGCCUAUUUUUUCCACCUUGCAGAAUGCGUUCACUUUCCUUUCGGCCGACGCGUGGGGCAGGUCCGCGUUGAUCGAGCCUCCGAGCGAGGUCUGGGACGAGCUCCUCGUCUGCUGCGCCUUGAUCCCCCUCACGUUCACCUCCCUCCGCGCCCCUAUCAGGAAGACCAUCAGCGCGAUCGACGCUUCGGAAACGGGAGGAGGCGCUUCGGAGGCGCGGAAGUUUGCCCAAGCCCUGGAUAGCAAUCGCGCCGAGCAGGUGGAAGGCUGGGAGUGCGCCGUGAUGGAGGAGUCAGGAGGCCCCUCGCAGAGUUUUGUCUUGUUCGUCCUGGAACGCUUGAGGUGGAGACUGCGCAACUGGGGCUUCGCUGUCGCGCAGUGCCCCCUCGGCCAGUGGGAUUGGGGCAUCGGCCUUGCGAAAGAGUUAUAUUUCCAGUCUGGCAUUUGGUUCGCUAUUGUUCCAGGUAGCCCCGCAAACUGGCUGGAGGCCACCGACGCCCGUCUGCUCCGCUACUGCGAGGCCCCCCACAAGGCGUUGCACGUUGACCUUUUCAGCCGGGGCGACAUGUCAUUUCCAUGGCACUGGCAUUUCCGUCAUCGCCCUCGUCGCGCCUCGCCGCUGGGCGAGGGUCUCCAGUCGGGCGCGCGCGCCCGUUGCGCCGGGGUGGUCAGAGACGCCCCUGCCGAGUGGGCCAGCCAAUGCUUGCCUUUCGCGCCCUCUCGGCGCCCCCGGUGGACCCCCCGCGCUCUGGCCAAGGCAGCGGCGCGUUUAGCUCGGCCAGAAGUGGCAGCUACGGUCGCGGAGGACAUCUCCAUGCUUCUGGAGUCCAUGCGCGCCGGUGGCGAACUCGAACAUCUUACUUCGAUGGCUCGGGCCGCUGACUACCAGGGCGCCGACGUGCACCUGAUGACCCAGACGCUGGUAGAGGGGCGCAGGCAGGCAAUACCAUACCCGGCCUUUGCAUGGGAUUGGACAGAGGCGCAGGCCUACCAGCGGGCACAGACGCAACACAUCAAUGCAUUAGAAUUAGCAGCUUUCCUUAUUUUCGUUCGGAGCAGAGCUGGCUCCGUCGACUUCCACGUGAAGCGCUUCUUCCACGUUUCUGAUG